GGGUUCGGAUGGGCAGGCCAAAAAAUGAGCUGCGCAGGUGGCGGGGCAUCGGCUGGAUCUUCUAAACGACGUGGUUUUAGUGUGCUCUGUCAUAUCCUCCCCUUAUCCAGGCGGGCGGGGGGGUGGGCGGGCGAGCGAGCGAGCGAGAGGGCGCGCGCCAGCAGCAGAGAGAUCAGAGAUGGUUGCUGCAGUCUACCACUCCCCAUGCUCCUCCCUUUGCCCAUGGCCAUCGUCUCCCACAACUGGGCAGCGCGGUUUAAGGAAUUCGCUUUCAAGGGUUUUGCUAUUUGAGAAAUCGAGAGCGAGAAUAAUGAGUUUUGGAAGCAGUAGGGAUAAUCCUGGAGUUGAACUCAAAGCGGGGGAACGGCUUUAUCUUGGUAUGGACUUUGGCACAUCUGGGGCUAGGUAUGCUCUUAUUGACAAGCGAGGCAUGAUACACGCUGAAGGAAAGAGGGCUUAUCCGCUGUUUAUUAACGAAGAAAAAAUGGAUUGGAUAUGCUCAUGGAGAAUGACACUUUUCUCACUACUUGAAGAUGUCCCUGUUAAUCUCCGCCCAUUUGUUGCUUCCAUUUCUAUAGAUGGGACUUCUGCAACAACUAUCAUUCUAGAUAGCAACACAGGAGAACCCUUAUGUAGACCUUUCCUUUACAACGAUAGCUGUCCUGAGGCUUUAGCAGUUGUAAACUCCAUUGCUCCUGCAAACCACACUGUUUGCUCUGGUUCCUCUACCCUGUGCAAGCUCAUCUCAUGGUGGAAUUCUGAUCAUUCAAAUAAAGGGUCUGCAUUAUUGUUGCAUCAAGCAGAUUGGUUGUUGUGGCUUCUUCAUGGAAAGCUAGGGGUCUCUGACUACAACAAUGCUUUGAAGCAGGUUGGCUAUGAUCCUGAGCUUGACUCCUAUCCACCGUGGCUGAUCUCUCAGCCCUAUUCACGAGUUUUACCUUCUGUUAAAGUUCCAGGAAGUUCAACUGGUUUCAUAAAAGAGGAAAUUUCAAUGCAAUUUGGUUAUUCAAAGGAUUGUGUUGUUUGCACAGGGACCACUGACAGUAUAGCAGCCUUUUUGGCUGCCCGUGCUACACUACCUGGAAAAGCGGUCACAUCUUUGGGUUCUACCCUUGCUAUUAAAUUGCUCAGCACAAGCAGGAUUGAGGAUGCACGAUUUGGGGUAUAUAGCCAUCGCCUUGAUGAUAAGUGGCUUGUUGGGGGUGCUUCAAACACUGGUGGAGCUGUUCUUAGACAAAUAUUUACAGAUGAACAAUUGGAGACACUGAGUGAACAGAUUAAUCCCAUAGAAGCCUCUCCUCUGGACUACUACCCUUUGCAAGCAGUUGGUGAGAGAUUUCCAGUGGCAGAUCCAAAAAUGAAGCCAAGGUUAGUUCCACGCCCAGGGAGUGAUGUCGAGUACUUGCAUGGUAUUCUAGAAUCCAUUGCCCGAAUAGAGGCAAAGGCUUAUGGCUUGCUAAAUGAUCUAGGGGCAACCCAAGUUGAGGAAGUGUUUACGGCUGGAGGUGGUGCAAAAAAUGAGAAAUGGAUGAAGAUACGAGAGAGGGUACUUGGUUUGCCUGUGUGUCAGGCAAGCCAAACAGAAGCUGCUUAUGGAGCUGCUCUAUUGGCUUUGAGGGGUGCCCAGCAGCAUUUCCAGUAGUAGAAGGAGGAUGCUGCACCAGCUCUAUGCAGAGUGAACUGAUGGCAUGGUGCAUCUGUAAGUAACGAAACACGAUAACCGUUUUGCUUUCUUUGUGAAGCAUGUAUAAACAGGGCACCAAGGGGUUAAAAUAUGUAGUAACGAAACAAGAUCACACGUUCUUUUUUUCUUUUUUUUGGUUUUUUACUAGUCAUGUGAAGUAUAAUCCACAGGGCAUCACAGGUACCAAACCAUAUAUGUAGAAACAGAAAAGUCAAUCCAGCCAUGGAAGAUUGGUGUAAAAUUCCUCAACCUCCAAUGGCUUCAUACAAGAAGAUCAGAAGAGUAAGCAUAGUCAGAUUUUUUCAUGUGUUAGACGUUGACAUUUCAGGUUCUAAGAAGUGUCAAUGCUUACCGAGAAAUGAGUAAGCAUAAUCACAUUUUUGAUAUUCGAAUGCUGCUGCCUUUGCCUUUGAAAACCUCAAACAUUCCCAAACACACAUCAUGGAGAACGCACUUGAUCUUUAAGGAAAAAUGUCUAAGUGACAUAACAUGAA